AUGUGGGAUACAGCUCAAACUCGGUGUAGCUGUAUGGGUGGCAGUCACCAUUGGGUGAUUGGGUCAAACGCGAAGUGUAAGAAUGAUCUAGACGGCUCUUCUCAAAGACAUGAGCUGACAUGUAACGUGACGAGGCGGCAAUCGAUGCAAACGACGCGAGCUAAACCAAAGCAAUGCUUCGGGAAUCCGCUGUGCCAACGCGGCAGCAGCGGCCAAUCAUCCAAGAGAUAUGGAAUCGAUGUGCGUUUGCUGCCAGAGGGAAUGACCGCCCGCUUUAGCGCGCCACGAGGUCGGGCGGUGACGUCGAGAGCAGGGAAAGGGGGUGAAUUCGUGGUGACGCUUGAUACCAAUAAUGAGGCCAACGAAAAAUCAAUGACAGUGUGGGAAGAAGAAGAAGAGGAGGAGGAGGAGGAGGAUGGGGAAGGAGAGGAGCGGUGGGCUUCGAUGGCGAGCAUUCCGCGCCCGCCGCCCCGACCCAGACCCAGACCGCCUUCCGCGUCGUUCUCUGCUGUUCUCAGACAGCACGCUGUUCGCGAUGCGUCCUGCGUCCAUUUGCCCUUGCCCGGUCUCGACGGUCUUGAUCCAAUUGGCCACAAUGGCGGUGCCUCGCAGGAUGCCUGGACGAGAUUCACGAGAAGUUUGAAAACACGACAGGUCGACUUUCUCACAGUCACCGUACCGUCCUGGGGCGCCCUUCCGAAGUUCCGACCUGCUCUUCGCCGUCUGUCCUUCGUCGUGGCCCACGGCCCACGGCCCACGUCUCUCCGGGGCGACGCGACCUGCUGUGCUUUCGCGUUUUCACGCGUUCGACAUGGCCAGGAUGGCCUGUACACCUCGGCAAGUACCGCCAGGCGUUUCCGUGUUUCCUGCAACACCACCCUCGGCCCUUCCUCCCCCCAAGCCGGUUAUGCAUAUAAGGAGGACAGACCGGAUCCACUCUCCCCUUAUCAACAACGCGAUACAUAG